AUGAGAAAUGUCCGUGUCGGCUACCGUAGCAUAGUGACAACACGGCAAAGCACUUUGGUCGGAAUCUGCCUGCGGCUUAGCGGCUAGCUUGGCUAAUAAGUAACUCCUCAGUUUGUUGUGGAUGCGGACAGUCAGGCUGUGAUAUAUACAGUUGACUGGAGUCGGUUCGUCUGUCCAGGACUUGAAUCUUGUGACGUUAGAGGAAUAUGAGGCUGAAGGAGAUCCAGAGGACUGCCCACCAGGCGUGGAGUCCUGCCGCACACCAUCCUAUCCACUUGGCCUUAGGAACAUCAGCACAACAGCUUGAUGCCUCUUUCAACACCACAGCUGCCCUAGAAAUAUUUGAGGUGGAUUUUUCUGACCCAUCUCUGGACAUGCAGCUCAAGGGGUCAUUACCCACCGCCAACAGGUUGCACAGUAUCGUAUGGGUGAAUUUUGGAAUGGGAGCAGAUGGUACUGGAGGGAGACUGGUUGGUGGCAGUGAAAAUGGCACAAUAACUGUUUAUAACCCAGAGGCCAUAAUGAGCUCCGGAGAAGAUGCUGUAGUGGGACAGUCUAACAAACACACAGGACCCAUUCACGCACUCGAUUUCAACCCUUUUCAGAGUAAUCUCCUCGCAUCAGGAGCAAAUGAUGCAGAGAUAUAUAUCUGGGAUCUGAACAACUUUAGCAGUCCAAUGACACCAGGAACAAAGACACAGCCCACUGAAGACAUCACUGUUGUGUCCUGGAACAGGCAGGUUCAGCACAUCCUGGCCUCUGCCACCCCCAGUGGGAAAGCAGUUGUGUGGGACCUGAGAAAGAACGAGCCAAUCAUCAAGAUCAGUGACCACAGCAACAGGAUGCACUGUUCAGGAAUGCUCUGGCACCCUGAUGUGGCCACUCAGUUGGUGUUGGCCUCUGAAGAUGACCGACUGCCAGUCAUCCAGAUGUGGGACCUCCGUUUUGCCACAUCACCCCUUAAAGUCCUUGAGAACCACACAAGGGGAAUUCUGUCCAUAUCCUGGAGCCAGGCUGACUCUGAGCUCCUACUGAGUAGUGCUAAAGACAACAGGAUCCUCUGCUGGAACCCAAACACUGGAGAGGUCAUUUACGAGCUUCCAACAACAAACCAGUGGUGUUUUGAUGUCCAGUGGUGCCCCAGGUAUCCAGCCCUGCUUUCAGCUGCUUCAUUUGAUGGGAGAAUCACUGUCUACUCUGUGAUGGGAGGGAGCUUGAAGGCUCAGCAGCAAAGCACAGCUGAUAAGAUAUCCUCCUCAUUUGAUACAAUGGAUCCCUUUGGUACAGGGCAGGUGCUGCCUCCCCUGCAAGUUCCUCAGCCUGCCGUGCAGGACACCAUUGUUUCCCCUCUGAAGAAGCCACCGAAGUGGGUGCGCAGGCCAGUGGGGGCUUCCUUUGGUUUUGGUGGAAAGCUGAUAACCUUUGAGAAUCCCAAACAGCCUCCAGUGCAGAGCCCCCAGCCCGUCCCCAGACAAGUAUUUGUGAGUCAGGUUACCACGGAGACAGAGUUCCUCCAGCGCUCCAGGGAGCUGCAGGCGGCGCUGCAGUCGGGCUCCUUCAACAACUACUGCCAGGCGAAGAUUCAGAACGCCAAGUCAGAUGCUGAGCAGGACAUAUGGAAGUUCCUUCUGGUCAACUUUGAGGAUGAAGCCCGUGUUAAAUUCCUCAGACUUUUGGGUUUCAACAAAGAUGAAUUGGAGAAAAGGAUUUCAAAAUGUCUGGGGAAGAGUUUUCAGUACAAUGGACAUGGAGUAGAUGCCAAAGAUCUGGCAGAAAAGAUGCAGCAACUCUCCACUGAGAGGUCUGAUGAAUCCGUUGAUGCGAGAACUUCGGGUUCUGUUUCACCGGCAGACUUCUUUAGUCAAACCCCAAAGGACAACUCCAACUUCCAGAUCCCCAUGUCAUGUGAUACCGAUGGUUUGAUAAGCCAGGCGCUGCUGAUUGGUAACUUUGAGGGAGCUGUGGACCUGUGUCUGAAUGAUGGUCGUUACGCUGAAGCCAUCCUGUUGUCUAUCAGUGGAGGAGAGGAGCUACUCAAGAAAACUCAGCAAAAAUACCUAAGCAAGCAAAAGAGCAGCAUUUCAAUGCUUAUAUCAUCAGUGGUAACCCAGAACUGGAGAGACAUAGUGCAAAGCUGUGAGUUGGACAAUUGGAAGGAGGCUCUCGCUGCUCUGCUGACCUACGCUCACCCUGAAGAUUUUGCCCGUCUGUGCGAUACCCUUGGAGGCCGGUUGGAGCAUGAGGGGACAGAGAAGCGCUGCCUGCAGGCCUGUCUGUGUUACAUCUGCUCUGGGAACAUUGAGAAGCUAGUGGAGUGCUGGGCUUUGCAUAGAGACAGCUCCUCCCCUCUUGGUCUGGAGGAUCUGGUUGAAAAAGUAAUGAUGCUGCGUAAGUCAAUCGAACGCCUCCGCAACAGUGAGGUGGCAGUCCAGAGCCCCAUUCUGGCCGAGAAGCUGACCUGCUAUGCUGGCAUACUGGCUGCAGAGGGCAGUCUGGCCAUUGCCAUGACCUACCUGCCUGAGAACUCAGACCAACCUGCGAUCACGAUGCUGAGAGACAGGCUGUUCCACGCUCAGGGAGAGGCUGCCAUUGGACAACAGCCUCCAAACUCCUUCAACAGAGUCAAUGUGUCCACAGCCAAGCCCACUCCUGCUGCCCAGACUCCUGCACCAAAAGCACAAGUUAUGAGUCAGUACCAGCCUUCCCAGAUGGCUGCCCAACAGCAGCCUCCUAUGCCGUCGGUUUUUACCCCACAAGCUGCUCCAACCAACACCGGGCCUGGUCUCCCACCUUCUUCUCAUGUACUGCCGCCCAGUGCGACCCGCCCUGCCAUGAGGCCUUCCUACCCCCAACAUCCUGCUCCGGCUCCAGGUUUCCUUCCUCAUCAGCCAUUCCAGCCUCAGCCUAUGCCCAUUGGCGGGCCCUCCGCCUUCCCUCCUCCAGGUCCCUCUAUGCCAGCUGCUAACUUAUCAGGACCUCCACUACAGCCUUCAUCAUCCACCCAUGGAGGCAUGCCCCCCAUGCCCAGCCCCGGGGUGCCACCGUCAAGCUUCAUGCCAUCUACCUCUUUACCCUCAGGCCCGAUGCCACCCACUUCCCAGCAUGGAGCCCCAGUUCCCAUGUACCCAGGGGGCCUCCACAACCACGGGCCUGCUUCCCCCAUGUCAUCUGGUCCCUAUGCCCCUUUCGGAUCAGGGUAUCCACAGGGAGGACCCGGGGCUCCUGCUGUAAAGCCCUUCUCAGCACCUGCUGUUGCCCCUCCUCCUACAGGAUACUUUCCCUGGCUGAAUACCCAGUGUGACCACCAAGGACCUCAGGAAGGCUGGAAUGACCCACCAGCAGUACGAGGUGGACCCAGGAAGAAGAAGGUCCCUGAUAACUACACUCCACCAGCCCCCAUCACUGCCCCUGUGAUGGGAUUCCCUGUGGAGGCCCCUCAGCCCCAUGACCAUGCCCAAGUCCCCCCUGGCGCCCCUCAGGAGCCCAGUGUGCAGCUCCUCCAGCAGCUACCAGCAGAGAGGGUGGAGCAGAAAGAAAUCCCCGCUGAACACAUGGUCCUCAAAUCCACCUUUGACAGCCUGGUGCAGCGCUGCCAGCUAGCAGCAAGAGACCCACAAACAAAAAGGAAACUUGAUGAUGCAGCCAAACGUUUGGGAUACCUGUAUGACAAGCUGAGAGAGCAGUCGCUCACUCACAACAUCCUGAACGGGCUCCAUGAGAUCAGCCGCUGUGUGGCGAGCCAAAACUACCAGCGGGGUCUGGAGGUCCACACCCAGGUGGUCAGCAGCAGCAACUUCAGCGAGAUCUCCGCCUUCAUGCCCAUCCUCAAAGUGGUCAUGACUAUUGCCAACAAGCUGGCCGUCUAACACCCGGCAGACACCACCAACCAGACUUCAGUGUUAUCAUAUUGUUAUAUAUGUAUUUAUUUCUUUUUGACCCGAUGAUGUGCUUUGAUAAUAAGAAUAAUUACUGAUGAUAUUGCAGAUUGUGGUCUUCAUCUCUCCAUACAUAUUCCUUCCUAGAGGACUCGGCUGAUUUGGGCAGUGAGGUGGAUUUUUGUAGAGAUUUGUCUUAUGUUGCUGUGGUAAUUUUACGAUAAGAUGAAUGUAUUCUGAAAGUUGUGAUUCUGUGUAAAUUCAACAGUUAACGAAAUAUACGAAGCAAGUGGUGCAAAGUUUGAGGCGGUGUUUGUACAAGUAGGUGCAUUUUCAUAGUCCACAUUACGCUCAACACACAUGCAUAUUUUUCCUCUCACUCCGGCAGUUGUUGAAAAAGUUCUGAUUGAAUACAUGAAGUACUGCAACUGCAGCAACAAAACAUCUGGGACAAGCAGCUCCUACAUCUAAGAUAGGGGGAAAAUCGUGAGAAUAAAAUUUGGGUUGCACUUACUAUCUAUACUGUCGGUGUAGUUUGUUCGAGGGAGAAACAGACUGAUACUCAUUUUCUUUUUACUGAGCGUGUUUCAUUCAACUACAAGCAUCAAGAUCAUUUGAAAACACUGUAAAUAAAUACUGAUUGUUCUCUUCACCUGCUGUAACAGAUUGUGUUCAGUUGAUUGUGCCAUGAGGGGUAUUUUGGGCCAAAGCACUGCAGAAGAAUGCCACAAAGUGAUUGUCAAUUUACUGUUUAUUCUUUCUCUCCCCCCCCCCCCUAAUUUUGUGUUAAUUUAGCCCUGUUAGCGCUGAUAUUCCCUGUUCAGCUCACAUGAAUGACUGAAUCUUUUUUCUUUUAACUCUCAGACUUGCAUCAGUGUGCAUGUUAACUCCUUCACUCACUGCUGAGUUCACAUGGCAGCUCAUAAACAAAAAUUACAUUAAUUUAUGUUGAACUGCGAAAGAAUCCUCCAUGUUAGCCACUCCCUCAGUUACCCAGGCUACAUCUUAUCCUUUUGUAACUCCGAAUUAUUUUUUUCUUUUUAAAUCAAGAGUUGUUUUAGAUUAGAUCAUACAAUGAUACCAACUUAAAUGAAAUGACAAUGAAAACAUGCUAUUCUGAGGUUUGUAGCUGGACAUAAAGCUGGAUAGUCUGGUGUAUCAUGGCAGCAGAAGGCAGUAAAAAGUACCUCUGUGCUCAUUUUGGUUGCACAGACAUUUAUACAAUCCAUGUUGCUUACUUUACUCAUUGUGGUAUCUUUUUUCAAAUAAAAUUUCACUUCAACGGU